CGCGGAGGCCCGCCACAUCCCGAUCCAGCUGACGGAGGCGCGCAACAUCCGCUGCAGGUGCGGAGGGGCGCGUGCUGCCGCAGUGCUGCAGCUGGCCGAGGCGCGCCAGCUGCCGUGGAGUGGCGGAGGCGCGCGAGGCGGAGGCGAGGCGGAGGGGCCUUCCCGCGCCUGCCCGUGCACGUGCCCGUGUCGCUCAUGCAGGCCGUGCCCGUCGAGGAGGCGCCGGCCCAGCCGCAGCCGCGCCCGCAUUACGUGCAGCCGCGCUCGGUGCGCGCCAAGCGGGCCGUGGAGGAAGUGUUCCUGCACAAGCGCGAGAAGCGCAUGCGCCGCUGCGCCUGCGACUGCUCCUGUUAGGCGCCCCCGCGCCCCGCGCCGGCGCCCUUUUAUACAGCGCCACUCAACCAGAGCUACUUAUUACUUCGUAGAAACAAAAAGUCUGAGCCACACUACCCGCCUUUUGUAUUUAAAAACGUUAGAUGUAUAACAGAUUGUAUUGUGUGAUCGUACUUUCCUGUGUAAAUAUUACUUGGAUAUUAUAAAUAAUAAAGACUUACACAAUUGGAU